UCGCUUCCCAUUACGUCACGGCCGCGCGCCGCUCGCCCGCCCGCCGCCAUCAUGCUCCGUCGCCUGCCCCUGGGCUCGCCACGAGGUCUCCGCCCGCCUCCCGCAGCCCGUUCCGCCGUAACGGCCGUGCCGUUGGCCCACGCCGAGGUUGGAGUCCGAGGCACGCGCCCCCCCCUGGUGCUGCUUCACGGCAUCUUCGGCAACCACGGCAACUUCCAGACGGUGGCCAAGGCACUGGUGCGGCGUGUUGGCGGCCAGGUGCUCACACUGGACGCACGCAACCACGGCAGCAGCCCCCACAGCCCACUGAUGACGUACGAGGCGAUGAGUUUGGACGUGCAGCACCUCCUGACCCAGCGGGGCAUCGACAAGUGCAUCCUCGUGGGACACAGCAUGGGUGGCAAGACGGCCAUGGUGCUGGCCUUGCAGCGGCCAGACUUGGUGGAACGUCUUAUCUCCGUAGACAUCAGUCCUACCUCAACCACGCUUAUCUCCGAGUUCCCUGCUUACAUCUCUGCCAUGAAGUCAGUGAACAUCCCGGCCGGUCUGUCCCGCUCUGCAGCCCGCCAGCUGGCUGACAAUCAGCUGAGUUCCGUGGUCCAGGACCCUCAGCUGAGACAGUUUCUUCUCACCAACCUGGUGGAGGUGGAGGGCCGCUACAUCUGGAGAGUGAACCUGGAUGCUAUUUCCCAUCACUUUGCAGAUAUCAUGAGCUUCCCUGUCUUCCACAAGCCAUAUCCAGGCCCUGCAUUGUUUUUGGGAGGAUCCAAAUCGCCCUAUAUCAGCUCCAGAGACUACCCAGAGAUCCAGCGCCUCUUCCCCAAAGCAGAUGUCCAGUUCAUCGAAGGCGCAGGCCACAUAGUCCAUCAAGACAAGUUUGAAGAGUUCAUCACUGCUGUCCUCAAUUUCUUGUCAUCACCAUAGUGCUGGCCACCAGUGUUUCUGCAAGCACCACAUGGGACCCAAGGAGCUCUGGGCAGAGCAAGGAGAGGAUCAGCCCAGAGUAGCUGCCACCUUUGCGGUCUGAGGACAUUUCCCAUCCCUGCUUGCAUGGAGCCAGAGCAGAGGCCCAACCCUCCUGCCACCUCCCAGGGACACAGGGUGGCAUUGGCCAAGGAUAUGGCCUGCAUGCACCCAAGUGCUUUGUACACAAGGAGGGGGCAGGGGAGCCCUCUCUUUUUCGUACCACCUUAUCACCUGGUGGUGGAGCUGACAGUGAUUUGGAGCACUUGCAAUAAACCUGAAUCUAUGCCAAGGCAGGGAAUGGUUUGGAUGUGGCUGUGGACAAGGGGAGCACUCAUAGGCACUGGAAAAGGCUCUGGCUUACUGGAGGGGACAGUGGUGGGAGGUGCCAGCUGUGCUGUUAGAGGCAGAUUUAAAGGUCUUUCAUGGCUUCCAGAGGAAAUCACUUCCCUCCACCACCUCCAAGGCAGCGGGAGGAUAUGGAGGAAGCUGCCUCCUGAGAAAGGCCAUGCCAUGUGCUACAGAAGGGAGCUGUGAGGAAGGAGUGGUGGGAGCAUGGAUACCCACCCUGCUCUGCUUUGGGCUUGGGGCCUGCAUAUGGAAGGGGUUUGCAUUCACUUUCUCUUCAGGUUCAUCCCAAGGAGAUGGAAACCUGGAUAGCACACAGGGCAGAAACUGAAGAUAGGCAGGGACACCAGGGCAUGGGGCAGCAUUUCUGCAAGGACAAAGUGUAGCUCUCACACACUCUGGGUGAGGAGGGAUGGAAGAGGUGGAAAACAGAGCAGUCCAUGUCCUACCAGCACAGGGAACAGACCCGUGCUGAGCAGUUGUGUUUUUCACAGCACCUGAAGUCCCUUUGUGUUUUUGAUGUAAAGGUACUCGGGGAGCAUCCACUGAUGGACCUGGCUGUUCACAGGGAGCCUGGAGAACCCCUCAGAGUUUGUGAGGCCUCAAC